AUGGCGCUCAGACUUCCGGGUUGUAGGCGAGGGCUCGGCGCGAAGAUUUUUAAGACCCGCGGCGAAGGCGUUUCAACAGUCAGCUUCAGGAAAACCAGUGUGAAACGGAGAACAAGUUGACCUUAUCACAUGCAGACCUUCAUAGGCAGUGUUCGCGAGGGACAAGGCUUUGCAUUUCGAAGAAAGAUGAUUCAGCAAAGUUACAAGAAAUUGUUAUGGAAUUCAAAGAAGGCUCAGUCUUCCCAGGAAUCAUUCACAGAUCAAUACCUUGAUCACCUGAAGCAUCUCUAUGUAGCAGAAGAGAAAAGAUUAAGGAAGCAACAUAGAAAAGUCUGUCAGCCUUUAUCAGAAGAACAAAUUCAUCAGACUUUACCAGAAGAACAAGGUAACAGUGACAAGGCUUUGUCUGAAGAGUCUUGUAGUAUUGAUGAACCUCAGCCUAAAGAAGAACUGUAAAUCAAAAGAGUAAAUUCUGUUGCUAUUCCAAGGAAAAGUAAAAGGAAGACAUCAAAUCAGAAAGCUCAAGAAGAAUAUGAACGGGUGCAAGCUAUGCGUUCUGCUAAAAAACAAGAUCUACUUCUAAAAUGUUUGGAAUUUGAGAGAUGACAAGAAAGAGAAGAAGCUCAGAGACUCUACAAACAGAGGAGAAUGGAAGUGUUCAAAAUAUUGAAUUAAAAGACUAGAAAGGGUCAACCAAGUUUUAAUUUACAAAUGGAGUAUCUUCUUUAA